AUGGAAGGUGAUGAGGUUAUUGGUGCACCGAAGCACCCUGAUUGGUUGCAAAUGGUGUGUAUUAAGGAGGGAGAAGUCCCUUGCAUGAUCACCUAUGUUUUGACUAGGCUUUCCCGCUAUCGUCCUGCCAUGCAUUGUGACAUUGUUGACCACCGCGACAUACUCGUCCUCUCCCUCUUCAGUGGGGCCAUUGAGUACCUAGCUGCUUGUGUGCAUUCUCUACUGCCUUUCAUCUAUAUAGCAGGCAACUUUAACUGCGUAUUGACGACUUGGGAUGACUAUGAGCAUGGCGAGUUGUCGACGGCAAUAUCCCUGUGGGACACCGCAUCUCAGAUCGGCCUCAAGUGGGCACAACCUUCUAAUCACGGACCCAUGAGGAUCAGUCCCAAUCCAAAUCAGAGGUCCAAUGUCUUAGAUCUUGUAUUCUUAGCCCCAUCUGAGACCUUAAUCUUGAUGCCCAGAUUGGAGCACGAUCUCCAGGCUAUUCCUGUCGCAGCCCCGGCUACCAAGGAAGGCGUUGACACUUUAGCUGAUGCUAUUGCGAUGGCAUUCUCGGACGCAUGGCUUGCCCACUUGACCAAGUCCAAGCAUACCAAGUGCUCCAAGUCCUGGUGGACAGACGAGUGCUCAGAGACAUUUGGAGUAUAUCAGCUUAGCCACUCGCUAGCUGAUUACAACAAAUUCAAGAAGGUGUGUAAAGAUGCCAAGCAUGAUUUCUUCAAUGAACGCAUCGCAGAAAUCGCUACUUCUCGGAAGCGCCCAUGGGACGUGAUGGAGUGGGUCAAACAAUGCAAGCUGCCACCCUGUGAGGCUAUUCGCAAUGGCGACCAGCCUUGUCAUGAUAUGGAUGACCUUUGGGACACCCUUCACGGCACGUACAACUCAGCCUCUGGUUGUGAGUAUGACACCUCAGUUUUAAACGAGCUUCCUGACGAGCCAGUCCGUGAGUGGGCUGACUUUUCAGAGCAUGAGUUGUUGAGUGCCCUUAAGGGGUGCUCCAACUCCUCUGCACCAGGACCGGACCAUGUCACAUGGGUCCACCUAAAGGAGCUGCUCAAGGAUAAACAUGUCCUCACGCUCUUCAUCGUGUUGGCCAAUGCCUGCCUUCAGGUUGGGCAUUGGCCUCGCAUAUUCAAGGAGUCGCUGUCGGUUAUCGUACCAAAGCCAAACAAGCCCUCCUAUGCAGUCCCAAAGGCUUUCAGGCCUAUCGUACUCCUCAUCACUUUUGGUAAACUUAUCGAAAAGAUGAUAGCUAAUAGGAUACAGUUUGACGCCGUCAAGCAUGAUAUCUUUCAUCCAAACCAGCUUGGCGGCACCCACCAACGGUCAAUAGAGGAUGCUGGAUUGAUCCUGACUCAUCUUUUCUUCCUGUCUAUCAACCAUGAGAUGUUCAUGGCUGUUCUAUGCAAGCAAGGUUUCUCCCCAAUCUUGGUGGAUUUCUUUGCCUCUUAUCUCGUUGGUUGCUCCACAGUUUACUGUUGGAACACCUUUCAAUCCAACUCACGGUCUGCGGACGUGGGUGUCAGGCAGGGCUCAGCCCUCUCGCCUGUUAUUUCAGGGCUUUUCAUUGCUCCAGUAAUGAAGCUCUUCUACAUCAAGGCAGCACUGCUCAAUACAACGCUACUCUCCUUUGUGGAUGAUGGGACUAUCUUGGCCCAAUCCAAACACCUCAAUGAUAACAAUAUACUCGAUGUUCCCUACUUUGAUCCAAAAGGGUUGAAGAUCACCCAGGAGGCGCUUGAAAAGGCUCUCCGUACCUCGGUUCAUGCUGAGGUCUUCGCAUAUCUGAGCACCAAGCCUCGGAUCGACCGCAACUCGGCGCACUCAACAUCGUGCACCGUCUACUGCAACAUCUGGGACUCCCAGCAGGGAACCCGCCCGCCGCAAGACACACCGGGGUCCCACUAUGCCAGCGCUGCUGGAAGUGGGGCCACCCCACCGUCGCCUGCAAGGCGAAACAACUCUCCUGCCCCAUCUGCUCGGGUCCGCACGAACAGAAGGAGCACCAUCAACAUGCGGGAUGUUGCAAGGGCAACGCGAAAGCGAAACCCCCUGUGCCGCCCACCCCCCGCGACCAGCCUUGCCCCCACAAGGGCCGCUGUCAACUGCCACAAGGACCACGCCGCCAACUCGGCCUCGUGUAAGUUCUGGGCCCAUCGCUACGACCGUGAGUGGAUCAUGGCCGAGUAUCGUCAGACUAAUGUUGGGAAACCAGCAGGAUCUAAAUAG